UCCUGUCCGUUUCUCCUGCCUCCUUCCUCCAACCCGGGGGCACUGACAAUGAACACCAUGGUCAGCGUGGAUGCCCUUCCGGAAUAUGAGAAAAGUCAGAUCAAGCGAGCCCUGGAGCUGGGGACGGUCAUGACGGUGUUCAGCUUCCGCAAGUCCACCCCGGAGCGGAGGACGGUCCAGGUGAUCAUGGAGACGCGGCAGGUGGCCUGGAGCAAGACUGCGGACAAGAUCGAGGGCUUCCUGGAUAUCAUGGAGAUCAAGGAGAUUCGCCCAGGGAAGAACUCCAAGGACUUUGAGCGUGCAAGAGCAGUCCGCCAGAAGGAAGACUGCUGCUUCACCAUCUUGUACGGCACCCAUUUCGUCCUCAGCACACUCAGUUUGGCAACUGACUCCAGGGAGGAUGCCAUUACGUGGCUCUCAGGCCUGAAAAUCUUACACCAGGAAGCCAUGAGCGCAUCCACGCCCACCGUCAUCGAGAGUUGGCUGAGAAAACAGAUUUAUUCUGUAGAUCAAACCAGAAGAAACAGAUCCGACCUGUGCAGCGCCAGCUACCAUGGUGAGGGCGGGGUCUCCAAGGGACGAGCACCCUGCAUGGGUGUGGCCCGCAGUCCGGACCUGUUUCCCCGGCCAUCUGGGGCUAGCAGCCUCAGUGAUGGGGCAUCCCCGUCCCUGGCUGCUGCGGAUUCUCAGCCGCAUGUAAGAUGGACGCCUCACCCGGGCUGGUUCUCGAGCCUGCUGGCGACCAUCAACUUAAGGAGGGUGGAGCCAGGCAAAGUCUGCAGAGGCGGGAGUCCAGGGGAGGCCCCGGGCUGGAGCCUGCCGCCUCUCACACAAAUGCUCCUGGAGUCGCUGUGGGGCGCUUGCUGGGCUGGGCCCGCUUCAGAGUGUUUGGACGACUGUGGAAGGAAGGCUGUAGGACCUCUCGGGGAGCCUCGGACCCUGCUCUCCUGUCUCGCCCUCCACCUGGAGCCCUGUGUGUUCUGCUCUCGGUUGGUGCUCAGUGAAAAAUGCAUCAGCCUCCGAGAGUUGAAGGCCAUCUUACCCCUGGUCAAUUUCAAAGUGAGCAGUGCCAAGUUCCUCAAAGAUAAGUUUGUGGAAAUUAGUGCACACAAAGAUGAACUCAGCUUUGAACAGUUUCAUCUCUUCUAUAAAAAACUUAUGUUUGAGCAGCAAAAACUGAUUCUUGAUGAAUUCAAAAAGGAUUCCUCUGUGUUCAUCCUGGGGAACACUGACCGGCCCGAUGCCUCUGCCGUUUACUUGCAGGACUUCCAGAGGUUUCUUGUACACGAGCAGCAGGAGCUUUGGGCUCAGGAUCUAAACAAAGUCCGGGAGCAGAUGACCAAGUUUAUUGACGACACCAUGAGGGAGACCGCCGAACCCUUCUUGUUUGUGGACGAGUUCCUCACGUACCUGUUUUCCCGAGAAAACAGCAUCUGGGACAGGAAGCAUGAUGUGGUGGACAUGCAGGACAUGAACAACCCCUUGUCCCAUUACUGGAUCUCCUCGUCCCAUAACACGUACCUCACAGGUGACCAGCUGCGCAGCGAGUCAUCCACAGAAGCGUACAUCCGCUGCCUGCGCAUGGGCUGCCGCUGCAUUGAGCUGGACUGCUGGGACGGGCCCGACGGGAAGCCCAUCAUCUACCACGGCUGGACACGGACCACCAAGAUCAAGUUCGAUGACGUCGUGCAGGCCAUCAGAGACCACGCCUUUGUCACCUCGAGCUUCCCGGUGAUCCUGUCCAUCGAGGAGCACUGUGGCGUGGAGCAGCAGCGGCACAUGGCCAGGGUGUUCAAGGAGGUGCUUGGUGACCUGCUGCUGACCAAGCCCACGGAGGCCAGCGCCGACCAGCUGCCCUCACCCAGCCAGCUGCGGGAGAAGAUCAUCAUCAAGCAUAAGAAGCUGGGCCCCCGAGGUGAUGUGGACGUGAACGUGGAGGACAAGAAAGACGAGCACAAGCAACAGGGUGAACUGUACAUGUGGGACUCCAUCGACCAGGUGGGCCCGGGUCCCUCCCCACACCCGCUGUGGACGCUGACCUCCCCGCCCCUCGCAGACCCUGCCGCAGAGCCCGUGAGCGUCCUGGCGCUGCCACUGAGCCAGCUUUGUCUUCAUAAUCAACCUUUCUCUUUGGCAUUCUUAAUAUCUGACUUUGAAAUAACUUCCUAUGCGCUGAACUCACAUGUAGCCCAGAAGUGGACUCGGCACUACUGUGCCAUUGCUGACGCCAAGCUGUCCUUCAGCGAUGACAUUGAGCAGGCUGUGGAGGAGGAACUGUCCCAGGACCUUCCACCCACGGAGCUGCAUUUGAGGGAGAAAUGGUUCCACAAGAAGAUGGAAAAGAGGACAAACGCAGAGAAGCUGCUGCAGGAGUACUGUGCUGAGGCGGGCGCCAAGGACGGCACCUUCCUUGUGCGGGAGAGUGAGAGCCACCCCAAUGCCUACACCCUGUCCUUCUGGCGGUCGGGCCGUGUGCAGCACUGCCUGAUCCGCUCCACUGUGGAGAACGGCGCCAUGAAGUACUACCUGACUGACAAUCUCAAGUUCAGCAGCAUCUACGACCUCAUCCAGCACUACCGCGAGUCGCACCUGCGCUGUGCCGAGUUCGAGCUGCGGUGGUACUACGACGGGCUGAGCCGUGGAGAGGCGGAGGACAUGCUGAUGAGGAUACCCCGAGAUGGAGCCUUCCUCAUCCGGAAGCGGGAAAAGAAGCAUGAAGGCAUAGAGGACUCCUACGCCAUCACCUUCAGGGCCAGGGGCAAGGUGAAGCACUGUCGCAUUAACCGGGAUGGCCAUCACUUUGUUCUGGGAACGUCUGCCUAUUUCGAGAGCUUGGUGGAGCUAGUCAGUUACUACGAGAAACACACCCUCUACCGAAAGAUGCGGCUGCGCUACCCUGUGACCCCUGAGCUCCUGGAGCGCUAUAAUAUGGAAAGAGACAUAAACUCCCUCUAUGACGUCAGCAGGAUGUAUGUGGAUCCAAGUGAGAUCAACCCUUCUAUGCCUCAGAGGACUGUGAAAGCUCUGUAUGACUACAAAGCCAAGCGCAGUGACGAGCUGAGCUUCUGCCGCGGCGCCCUCAUCCACAACGUAUCCAAGGAACCCGGGGGCUGGUGGAAAGGAGACUAUGGCACCCGAAUCCAGCAGUACUUCCCAUCCAACUACGUGGAGGACAUUUCCACGGUAGAAGGGGAGGAGCUGGAAAAGCAGAUUAUCGAAGAUAACCCCCUAGGUUCUCUUUGCAGAGGAAUACUGGACCUCAACACUUACAACGUCAUGAAAGCCCCACAGGGGAAAAACCAGAAGCCUUUUGUCUUCAUCCUGGAGCCCAAGAAGCAGGGUGACCCUCCGGUGGAAUUUGCCACGGACAGGGUGGAGGAGCUCUUUGAGUGGUUUCAGAGCAUCCGGCAGAUCACCUGGAAGAUCGACACCAAGGAGAACAACAUGAAGUACUGGGAGAAGAACCAGUCAAUCGCCAUUGAGCUCUCUGACCUGGUUGUCUACUGCAAACCAACCAGCAAAACCAAGGACGAUUUAGAGAACCCCAACUUCCGAGAAAUCCGCUCCUUUGUGGAGACAAAGGCUGACAGCAUCAUCAGACAGAAGCCCGAGGAUCUCUUGAGGUAUAAUCAGAAGGGCCUGACCCGCGUCUACCCGAAAGGACAGAGGGUUGACUCUUCAAACUAUGAUCCCUUUCGUCUGUGGCUGUGUGGUUCCCAGAUGGUGGCGCUCAAUUUCCAGACUGCAGACAAGUACAUGCAGCUGAAUCACGCACUAUUUUCACUCAAUGGGCGGACAGGCUAUGUCCUGCAACCUGAGAUCAUGCGGACGGGGAAGUAUGAGCCAAUGCCACCAGAGUCACAGCGCAAGAUCCAGAUGACACUCACCAUCAAGGUCCUUGGUGCCCGCCACCUCCCCAAGCCCGGACGAAGUAUUGCUUGUCCCUUUGUAGAGGUGGAAAUUUGUGGGGCGGAAUAUGACAACAACAAGUUCAAGACAACAGUUGUGAGUAAGUAGCCUCAGCUCUUUCUUCUAAAUGCAGAGCGGGUGGAAUCCGAUGUGGGCUGCUAUCUUUGGAGAUUUUGGAGUGUACUCUUGUCGCCCAGGCUUUUUCAGUGACCCCUCUUGUCCACUGUGGUUCAGCUUGGAGAUGGGAUACACUGGACUUGUACCCUCUGCUGUCUGUCACUCAAGUUAGGAGCC